CCAGAGCACACAGCGGCGGAGUGGCAGAGCCAAGCGAACCCACUCGGCCACGGCGCGCGCGCGCCGGACAAGACGGGCAUGGACUGGCACGCGUGGCUCUCGGCGGCGCGGCUGGAGCCGGCGCUGGUGUACGAGUACGCGCUGGUUUUCGCGCGCAACGAGCUGGAGGCCGACGACGUGGCUUACUUCGACCACGAGUUCCUCCACAGCAUGGGCAUCUCCGUGGCCAAGCACCGCCUCGAGAUCCUCAAGCUCGCCAGGCGCGACCGAGCCCGCUCGCUCUCCCGCCUCCUCGACCGCGUUGCCAGGUACGUGCGCUCGCUCGUCCGCCUCGAGGAGUCCACGGUGCUCGUGCUCGACCCGAGCCAGCACCAGCCCGACUACCCCAAGCGCGGCAGCAAGGCGCUGAGGAGGGCCGCCAAGUCCGAGCCCAAGGGGUCGACGCCCAAAGCCACCAUCAGGGGAAGGGGCGCCGCGGCGGUGCACGCUGUAAGGGACGUGGACAACGGCGCCGGCGGUGGAGGUGACAGCGACGAGAUGGUCAGGUGGGACCGCUUGUUCCAGGACCUCAAGCCAAACUGACGCCAUGAUCAAGUGCAUGGUGCAUGGAGGAUCACUGCUCAGUGUUAAUUAGUGAUUGUGCUUAUGUUUGAUAAGUGCGUAUAGUGUUGGUGCGCUCUUUCCCAAGUUCAGUGCUAUCGAUCUUGUUGCAUGUACAGGCUACAUAGUUUAAGAUCGGAACAAGCCGUCGGACGCUUGGUUUUGGUUUGCUUAUUGUGUCGUCAGAUGGCUCGCGAUGUGGUUGUUGCUGAAUAAUAAACACGGUGAUUUC